UUAUAGCAUUCGUAUAUUUUUGCAAAGCAUUCUUAUCAUAUUCCCAACUUUAUCUUUCCAGCGACAAGGGAGCGCAGAUCCAGAAGCACCCCAGGCGACGCUCAGAGGCAAAGUUAUCAAAUUCGGAUGGCUGGAAGGUGUCUUUAUGAGAUGUCUCCUGAACAUCUGGGGCGUGAUGUUGUUCUGCGUGUCUCCUGGAUGGUGGGACAAGCAGGAGUCAUCCAAGCACUGAUCAUCGUCAUAGCUGCAAACCUUGUCACAGUCAUAACAACACUCUCUAUGUCAGCUGUAGCAACAAAUGGUCGGAUACAGGCAGGUGGUGUCUAUUACAUGAUAUCUCGAUCACUGGGACCUGAGUUUGGUGGCUCUAUAGGUCUUAUGUUCACCGUAGCGAACUCCAUUGCUGCUGCCACCUACAUCAUCGGUUUCUGUGAUUCACUCAAGGAUAUGUUGAAAUAUGAGUUUAACGGUACAACGAUAAUCGACGGUGGAGUUAACGAUACGAGAGUUGUCGGCACUGUCACUUUGGUUGCGGUGUUAGCUCUUGCUAUUGUUGGCAUGGAUUGGGUCACCAGGGUCCAAAUGGGUCUCCUGUUUCUGCUGAUCGGUUCGCAGAUAGACUUCAUUGUUGGGGCGUUCAUCGGUCCAACCUCCACAGAAGAAGAAGCUCAGGGAUUUUUAGGCUUUAAUCUUGAAGUCAUCAAGGAAAACGUGAUAGCUGACUAUCGUAGAUUUGAAGGCAGCAAUCAAAACAUUUUCAGUGUGUUUGGUGUCUUCUUCCCUGCUGUAACUGGAAUUGUUGCUGGUGCUAACCUCUCUGGCGAUCUGAAGGAUCCUGCUGUGGCUAUCCCAAAGGGAACCUUGGGUGCCAUCUUUACUACAUUUAUCACGUACAUCAUUUACCCAAUUUUCUUGGGGGCAGCCACUCUUCGUGAUGCUUCAGGCAAUGUCACCGUGUAUGAAACUUAUUUAAACGAAACAAGUGAGGAUGAGUACAACUUCAGGGAAAACCCAGUGUUCACCAAUGUGUCCUGCAACGUAGGAGAACCAGGUGAUGAGAGAGAACCUUGCGAAUAUGGUCUCCAAAACAGUGCUCAGGUUAUGGAGCUGAUGGCAGCAUGGGGCCCUUUGAUCUACGCUGGAUGUUUUGCCGCCACUCUAUCUUCAGCUAUUGCAUCUCUUGUUGGAGCCCCUCGUGUGCUCCAGGCCUUGGCCAAGGAUAAACUUUACCCCGGCAUCUUCCUUUUCUCAAAGGGAUACGGAGCCAACAAUGACCCUGUCCGUGGCUACAUUCUCGUUUUUGUAAUCUCAUUGGGUUGCAUCAUGAUAGGUGACUUGAACUUGGUAGGAACACUGUUGAGUAACUUCUUCUUGGCUUCAUACAGCUUAAUCAACUUCUCCUGCUUCCAUGCUUCUCUUAUCAAAUCCCCCGGUUGGAGACCUGGCUUUAAGUACUACAAUUUGUGGGUCAGUCUUGUUGGUGGACUCUUGUGCCUGAUCGUCAUGUUCUUGAUCGAUUGGGUAAUGGCACUGGUCACAUUUGUCGUCGUCAUAGCCCUCUAUCUCUUUGUGUCGUACCGAAACCCUGAUGUGAACUGGGGUUCUUCAACACAAGCACAAACUUAUGUGACUGCACUCAAGGCAACACUGGAUCUGAUAUCUGUAGAGGAACACGUCAAGAACUACCGCCCACAGCUGUUAGUACUGAGUGGUACCGCAGGUUCUAGGCCUCCACUUAUCGACUUUGCUCAGAGCAUCACAAAGAACAUCUCAUUGCUUUCACUUGGCCACGUCAUUCAGGGACCCCAAACUCAGAGAAUCCGUAAUGCACUGACACGUCAGUCUUACAGCUGGUUGAGCCGUCACAAGAUCCGCGCCUUUUAUUCUCUUGUGGAAGGAAGCAACUUGGAGGAAGGUUCCCGUAGUCUAUUCCAGCUUGUUGGUUUAGGAAAACUACGUCCCAAUAUGGUUCUCCUCGGAUAUAAGGCAAACUGGGGCAAGUGUGAGCGUCAGGAACUGAAGGCAUACUUUAACACACUUCAUGAAGCUCUUGACAUGUAUCUUGGCGUGGCUAUUUUACGUGUACCUCAAGGUCUGGAUUACUCACAAAUUAUUGAAGAUGAAGAUACUCCAGUUAUUAUGAAUGGCACAGACACAAACAUCACGUCCAAUGUUGACGACAUGAAACGCAAUCAGUCUACUGGUCAGCUUUCGCUUGAAGUGGCAAAAUUACUUGGUACUGUAAACUCUAAUUCCCGGAGUGCUUAUUACCGUGUGUUUAGGAGGAAGAAAAUACGACAGAGUGGGCGAGGUAUUUGGAAAGUAUUAAGAUCUUGCCCUCUCUUAGGAAGUAAUAAUGAUAACGCCAGCGAAGCAUCAACACCCCCAGGAUCUCCAAAAGCAGGGAGGACGGCUGGCACAGACGAUGCAGCGGGUGACAAUGCCAUGAAGCGUAGACCAUCUAUUGCCGAUCUGUACCGCGGACCGGGCGGUGUUGAACUCAGCAAAGAGGUCCUCACCAAUAUCACAAUGUUCAAACGCAAACAAAAGAAGGGUACAAUUGACGUGUGGUGGCUGUAUGACGAUGGUGGUUUGACUCUGUUGUUGCCAUACAUCCUUACUACAAGAUCACAGUGGUCAGGAUGCAAGCUACGAGUGUUUGCUUUAGCUAACCGAAAGGAUGAGCUCGACAUGGAACAGAGAAGUAUGGCAAAUUUGUUGGCCAAGUUCCGUAUCGACUACAGUGAUGUCAUUGUUAUCCCAGACGUUGCAAAGAAGGCAGCAGAAUCCUCUAGGAUGGAAUUCGAUAAGUUAAUUGAGGACUUCAAAACAAAGAGCAGCGAAGAGAUCUCUAAAGAAAACGAAGGGCUACUCAUCAGUGAAGCAGAACUCCUGGGUCAGCGUGAGAAAACCAAUCGUCAUAUUCGUCUCCGCGAAUUAUUACUUGAGAAUUCAAAGGAUGCGUCCUUGGUUGUCAUGACUCUGCCCAUGCCACGUAAGAGCUCGGUAUCAGCUCCGCUCUACAUGGCCUGGAUAGAGACACUCACAAGAGACAUGCCUCCGUUCCUUCUCAUUCGUGGUAACCAGACUUCUGUCUUGACAUUCUACUCUUAAGACAGGGUUACAAUGCAUUAGUGAUAGCUAGUAUUUUUGGUAACAAGAGAUUGUGUCAGUGCACAAAUUACUAUGCUGGGUAUGGUAAUGGAAUCAAUAGACUAAUGUUUACGCUGCUUUGUAUACAGACUCAUAUACUAAAUACUUUUAGCAGGGAAAGUAUUGUUCUUUUAUACUUUAAUACUACAGUUUCGCAGGAAAGCUUGAUUUGUACAGUCUAAUUAUGUAGACUGGUACAGGUGUACCUGUGACAUAUUAAGAAUGGAUAUGCCUGGAUAGGUAGAUUAAUCAACCUUCUUAAAAUUGUGUAAAUUUUGUUAGCAGUUUUUAUGUAUUGCUCAUAUAGUAUUCACAUUGUAAAACUCAAUUUGCAAAGUUGUGAAUCAUCAUGUUAACAAUUAGCAUUACAAUAAGGCACUUUAUUUUCUCAAAAGAUUUAGUUGUGGAUGGCCACAUCAUGGAAAAAAAAUGUGAGAUAAUCUUUUGUAAGUGGUUAUAAACCUUACUACCAAACACAUUUACAGUUACAUUUGUCUUCCAGUGAACAGUUGUUUUGAUACUGAGGGAAUAAUUCAGGUGUACAGAGUAGUUUUUUGGAUGGUAACACUUUAGAGAAGUUGCUUGUUAUAGUUUAGUGCCAUUACUUUUAAUCUCUUGAACUUUUUUUGAGUAGUGUAGACUAACUAUAGCAUUUAUAUCAUCACCAUUACUUAGAAGGCAGUGUUGCACAAAAUUUCAUCCAAGCAAUUAUCUAAUAUUUCAUAUCAUUUCAUAUUGUGAUCGUUUUGCAAAAUUUUGUCGCAUUUUAUGAAUCACGUCAUAAUUCUUCACUUGUAUUGUUGAGAAAUGCUUUUAGUUUUUGACAGACAAUUCAGGCUUACUAAGGUCUUGUAUGGGGCUUGUUUUAGCAUUUAAGUGGACAAUUACCUUUCGGAUUUCAUGUACUACUUCCAGUUUUUUUAUAUUUUAGACAAACUGUAGCAUAGCAAAGGUUUUUUUUAUUUACAAUGCAUUAUGAUACUCCUACAUUCCUUUCUGUGUUCUUGUUUUUUGUUCGUACGUCCUGCACAUUCCACCUUUUGAAGGAAAUAACCAACAGUUUUGUGUGUAAAACAAGUCAUGAUUGUUAUUAAACAUUACCAUGAGAAAAUCAAUGCAAAAUGGAAUCUAAUAUAAUGCUUGGCAUUAGUGCCUUACUGGUCAAUUGCAUAACUACAAAUCUACUAGAGACAUUUAAAAUACAAAUACAGUAUACCGAUUUGGUAUCUGCUGUUUAUGACAAAUUGUGUCUGUUUCAUUGAUAGUGGUCCAUAACCAUUUUCCUAGAAAAUGAGUCAAUCCAUAAAGUAUAUUACAAAUCCCAACAUAGUGUCAUAUGAUUUAUAAUAGUGUACAUAAGACAGUUUGUUGGUUUUACGACUUAGCUUGUUAAUGUAGCUGAUGGACAAAAUUCAAUGAGUGUCUAGUGAAGUGUGCUACUCAAAGUAGCGAUAAUAACGGACAUUUGUAAUUGCCAAUAUGAAUGGCACAAAGACAUCAUGCUCAAAUGACUUCACUUUAAACUGUAUAUAUGUAAUGAAGUUGAAAUAUUAUUUGAACAAAACUCUGCUGUUCUUACAAAUUUUGAUUAUAAAUUGUUGGUAUGAAAGAAGAAAAUGCCAGUAAAUUUUAUUUUUUUCUUAA